AUGUCUGCGACGUUUAUAAGGAAAUUCCACUUUUUUGUUUGGGGGCUAUCCAAGAUAAUAUUUAAAAGGAUCUCUGAGCAGUUCACUGCCAUGUUCCGGCGUAAGGGCCUUCUUAGCUGGUAUACGGCGGAAGAGGGGAUGGACGAGAUGGAGUUCACAGAGGCCGAAUCUAACUUGAAUGACCUUGUGUCCGAAUAUCAGCAGUAUCAGGAACUAACUGCAGACGACGACGUAGAAUUUGAUGAGGAAGAUGGUGACGUACUAACCUGA